UUAAAACCCGUGCCGGGUCAAAGUGAGUAAAAUUAUGUGGGACGGAGGGAGUAUAAAUAUGGAAUUAUAUCUAUGUUUUGUCUGAAUUUUUUAUGGUUUUUGCAGUAAUCAUUUUGAAUUUUUUUAUGGAAAGAUUAAUUUUUUCGAUUGUUGGGUGUGAAAAUGUUUGUUAAAUUGAUCGAUCAAGUUUCUUUUUUCUUAGUCUUGUAUUCUAGGUGCAAAGAUGGAAUUUGUAGAAUUUGAAGGCAGACAUGGCUGACUAAAUUUCUUCUGCUCUAGUCAAUAUUUGUUGUCAAUUAAAUGCUAAUUCACGGUGAUGGGAAUUUCGACGGAAAAAAUGGUGCGGUUGAAGAACAUUGUAAUUUUACAUUAGUUUGAACCCGCAUUUUUCUAUCAAUAUAUGUUGAACUAAAUUUGGAAUGCGUGAUAUUUGUUGAAAGUAAUUAAGAGUGAUGAUGUGUGGUGCUAUCACACGUAGUGAGAAAUUAACAAUACUCUAUUAAAUAGUAGAAGGAGAUUAAGCAGAAACCAGAAUCACAACUCUUACCAGGUGUAUGGCAAAGAUGGAUGCAAAACCAUCCACCUCAGAAAAGCAAAUUUUGUUCACGGGUAAUCUGGAGUCAUUCCAGUUCAAAAGUUCACACGCAAAACCUCCUCCUCAGUCGAGCUAUGGUUCAGCAGAUCAUGGCGGGCAUAACAUCAAAGGGGUGGCCACUCAUGGCGGGAGAUACGUGCAGUACAACGUCUAUGGAAAUCUGUUUGAGCUUUCGAGGAAGUAUGUUCCUUUUAGACCUGUCGGCCGUGGUGCUUAUGGCAUUGUCUGCGCUGCUGUAAACUCCGAGACACGUGAAGAGGUAGCCAUUAAGAAGAUUGGCAAUGCAUUUGAUAACCGGAUUGAUGCAAAGAGGACGUUGCGAGAAAUAAAACUUCUGCGCCACAUGAAUCAUGACAAUGUAAUUGCAAUCAAAGAUAUCAUACGGCCACCUCAGAAAGAGAGCUUCAACGAUGUCUACAUCGUGUAUGAACUUAUGGACACUGAUCUUCACCAUAUUAUCCAGUCCAACCAAACAUUGACUGACGACCACUGUCGGUAUUUUCUCUACCAAAUACUGCGAGGACUUAAAUACGUUCAUUCCGCAAAUGUCUUGCACCGUGACCUCAAACCGAGUAAUUUGCUCCUCAAUGCUAACUGUGAUCUGAAAAUCGGAGAUUUUGGGCUUGCAAGGACGACAUCUGAGACUGAUUUCAUGACCGAGUAUGUUGUAACUCGCUGGUAUCGAGCACCGGAGCUGCUCCUAAACUGCUCUGAAUACACAGCUGCAAUCGAUAUCUGGUCUGUCGGCUGCAUUUUUGGCGAAACCAUGACGAGAAAACCUCUGUUUCCCGGGAAAGACUAUGUCCAUCAGUUGAGACUCAUCACAGAGCUCAUAGGCUCUCCGGACGAUGCCAGCCUUGGUUUCCUCAGGAGCGACAAUGCCCGAAGAUACGUAAGGCAGCUCCCGCAAUACGUGAAGCAGCAAUUCUCCACCAGAUUCCCCAACAACACAGCUAGCGCUCUGGAUUUACUAGAAAAAAUGCUCGUCUUCGACCCAAGCAAGCGUAUUACUGCUGAUGAGGCUCUCUGCCAUCCGUACUUGGCGCCUCUCCACGACAUCAACGAGGAGCCUGUCUGCCCCCGCCCUUUUGUUUUUGACUUUGAGCUGCCAUCCUACACUGAAGAAAACAUCAAAGAGCUCAUCUGGAGGGAGUCUGUAAAAUUCAACCCCGACCCGACUCACUGAGGAAUGUAACCGUACGAUGUAGAACGCCACGAUCUUUUAAACUCUGCAGAAACAUGUAUUGAAGUUGAACAACGUAAGUAGUCCCCAAAGAGGAGAUGAGUAAUAAUUUUAGUAGAUUCUUAUU